ACGACGACGACGGUAAUCAUCAUCUACGUCAUUCUCCAUAUCAAGGGAAAAAUUAGAUUUUUCUGCAGAUGUGCAUGUUUAUCCAAACAAAAUAUAGUAUCUAUUUAAGGUCAGGAGGAGGAGGAGGAGGGUCAUCAUCGUUAUUCUCCAUGUGAUCUGCUGAUGUGCGUAGGAUGUUUUCCAAACAAAAUCGUAUGAUUCAGUAUCAGUGAAAAAAAAAAUAGGCAUGUUUGUUAGAUUUUCAGUGUAUUUAAGCCAGCAUCUUGAGCACAGUUAUCAUCAGUGAUCUCACGUUUAACCAUCUGCACAGAUCUCCGAAGAAACAAAAUGAGUAGCCAAAAAGUAAUCGAUGCCAUGUCUGACGAAUUUGUUAGAAGAAUAGAAAUGAGAAUCGGUGGCAAAGCAUUCAAUAGGACAAACGGCAUCAGAUCAGCAACAACAACAACAACAACAACAACAACUACUACAUCAAUACAAACAAGUGGAGCUGUAUUGCGACGAGGAACUGCCCAAGUCCUAAACCAACAACAACAACAACAACAACAAAGGACGACUAGAAAGGAUGUCUGAUGAGCGGUGACGGCAAGAGAGCGGAUGGAUUCCUGGCAAAUCUUUUUAUUCGAGAAAAGGACCCAAAAGAAAGAGAAGUUGGACAUACGCUAUAGCACACGUCAUCGAGGUGACCAGAUGUGGUGUAUGUGGAAAAAUUAUACAUGAACGACCAGCGACCGCCGUAAAUGGCUGGGAACCACAGAAUGUAUUUGUCAGAUUUUGUCCUGUAUGCUUUCAAGCGAGACCCGGCAUCCAAGAAAAAAGAACAGAUUGGGUAAAAUAUUAAAACAAUAAAUACGUCUUCAAAAAAAUA